UGUGGUUUUGGCAAGUGUUUAGAUUUGUUUGAAAUGUAUGCCAGUGCAUGCAAAUGCACGCAAUAAUAUUUUUAACUAAUAACUGUUUUAAUAUCAUUUUGUAUAUACUUUGCUUUUAAUAAUUUUUUGUUGAAAAGUAUGGAGAUCCUUUACAAUCAUUUGAUGUAAAUUUAACCUUUGCGAGUGUCAAAUGUGGAUUUGUUUAAAAAUUAUUCAACAUUAAAUUACGAGAAAUAAGUUUGAUUAUUGUGAGAACUUUAUAAAGUUAAAUAUUACUGUGUAACAAAUGAAUAUGAGUGAGACAUCUGAAGCACAAACCAAAGAUAUUGGUUCAGUAGUUAUAACGGAACAAGAACGCGAGUUGGCUCAGAAUGCACUUUCUGAAUUUCAGAAAGGUGCAUAUGUCAGUUGUUUGUCAUAUUUAAAUAAACUGGAAACUCUGAGACCCAAAGACUUGAAAGUAAUGCAUAAUAAAGUUGUAGUAGAGUGUUACAAAAAUGAUUUGAAGAAAACUGAGUUGUUAAGGAAAAGUUUGAACGCAAUAUGUGGACAAAUGUCUACAACAGAUUCAACUGAAACGAUAGAUGAUAUCGAGAAAUGUGUUAUGCGGUAUAAUCAAGCAAUUUUAUUGUAUCAUACAAAACAAUAUAAUGCUGCACUUCAAAUUAUGAAUAGAUUAUUUGCUUUUAUAGAACCUAUGGAAGAAUCACUUGCACAUAAAGUUUGUCUCCUAUUAAUAGAAUUACAUAUUGUAACGGAUCAACCGGAUGCAGCAUUAUCCUUAAUUAAUUACAUAGAAAAUCAACUUAUAUCUACUGAUAAUUCUAAAAUUACACCUGUUGAUAAAGAAGGUAUAUUGAAAUCAAUAAAAGAACAGAAGGAACAGAAAAAAGAGGUCGAUACAGUUACUGAUGCAUUCAAAAUGAAAUUAUUGAAAUGUAAAGCUAGAAUAUAUUUAAUGAUGCACCAACUGAAACUGUGUAAAAGGGAAUGGAAAACUUUAGUUACCCUGGGUACACCUGUAAAUAUAUCUACUGUGUUUUUAAAAGCUAAUCUUGAAUAUUUAAGAGGAAAUUACAGAAAAGCUAUCAAAUUACUAAACUCUGUAACAUCGGAAAAUUUAGAUUUCAAAACUUGUGGAGAGUCAACUGCUGUUUUAUACUACAACAACAUGGCAUGUUUACAUCUUUCUAUGGGCAAACCAAAUUUAGCUUGUUUCUAUCUGAGAAAGGCUUUACAUGAAAAUAAAUGUGCAAUAGAAAGUGUACAGGUGAAAGACAGUGAUCCUUUAUCUUCUCAACCGUUAUACACACUCAGUGGGAAUAGACAUUACGAACUAAUGUAUAGCUUAGGUGUGUCAUUAUUACAUGCAGGCCAAGCACCAGCUGCUUUUGAUUGCUUUAUGGAAGCUGCCCAAAAACUUCAUAAUAAUCCCAAGCUUUGGCUAAGAGUUGCAGAGUGUUGCAUUUAUUGCCACAAACCAACAAAUGAAGUUGAUUUUAAUAUUCCAAAACGAAGAAAGGAUUUAGUUCAAAAAGUUGUUGGUUCCGGAAUUUAUAGAAAAAUUAUUUUAGCUUCUUCUCUUUCCAAAGAUACAAACUAUCAUCCUGAGGGUUUUCCUUCUGCUAUACCACAACUAACUUUAGAAUUUGCAUCUCUCUGUUUAAAGAAUGCAUUAUUUUUAUUACCAAACAGUAGCGAUCUUAAUGUACCAGUGACAACUAUCACUAGUCCACAGACAGUGCCUUUAUCGCUAACAGCUGGCCAUAAUUUAGGGGCUCAACAUUCAACUGUGGUAUCACAAGUUACAGCUGUGGAAGCAUUAAAUUUGAAGAUUAGUGUUUUAGCUGCAACAGCUUAUGUAUGUUUAUGUUUAGGCGAUUAUGUCGUUGCACUUGAGCACGCUAAAUUGUUAUUAAAUAUUAACAAAUUACCUGGGGCAUAUAGAAUGCUGGGAAAUCUUUACGCUGGAGAAAGUUUAAUAUUUAUGGACAAAAUUAGCGAAGCAAUUGAAUAUCUUAAACCAGAAAAUAUUCAAGAUUUAAAUACUUUUGUACCUAUUCCUGAAACCCAGGAUAAAGAUAAAGAAAAACUUGAUGAAGUUAUUUCAAAACCUAUAAAAAUGUGGUACCCGACGACUGUUCCUACGGGUAUUGCUGUACUCCGUUAUAAUUUAGCUGUAGCUUAUGCAAUCCGUGGUGAACUUGAUAAAUCUGGAGAAACCUUGAAACAGGUUUGGAUGUCGAAAGGUCCGGAUUGCGAUGUUCCUAUACAUGUAAUAAUGUUAGCUUUAUAUAUUGAAUUGCAACUAGGGCACGCAGAUAUUUCGAGGUCAAUAAUAAAACAACAUUGUCCGCAGUAUCGUUGACGGUAAACUUCAUAUUUGCGAAGGGGACACGAUUUAAUUUAAUUUUUUUGUAAAUUUCCUUUUCAUCAAUGUAAAUAAAUUAUACGCAUCUGCGUAUGUAAAUAAAUAUGUAAUAUAUAGAAUUGACGAUUCUUCCAAUAUAUCGUAAAAGAAAAAUAAUUAAUAAAAUAAUUGUAUUUAGCAAAAUUUUCCUUUAACUACAAUUCCAUGUAUGUAUAAAUAUUCUUUUGGAUUUUUACAAAUAUAAUUCUCAUAUUCUUUGUAAAUUACACUGUCCAACACGAU